GACAAUAAUCCCAAAAAUGUUCCACAGUGUAAUUAAAGUUUCUCUAAAUUGUUGAUAAAACAAGAAAAAGUAGACAUAUGUUAUAGCGAUCAGAACUGAAAAUAUUUUGGUGUUAGAAAAUUCAUGCCAAACUGAAUACACCCUAUUCAGUGUAAAAAGAAAGUAAAGAAUUAAUAACAAAUUCAAUUUCACUACUCAAUUGGAAAUAUGCAAUCCAACAGCGGUUCUGUGACACAAAGCAUUGAAUCAUUGCCUGCCACCAACAGCAGCAAGGAGGAAUCUACUUUAGAUGCCAUACUCAUACGUUUAGGGGAAUUUGGGCGCUUUCAGAUCGUUAUACUUGUGCUAACUUGCCUGCCAGUUCUAUUUAAUGCCGUAUCGUCGGUCACAUAUAUUUUCACAGCUGGAAAUGUGGCGCACAGGUGCAAUCUCACGGAAUGCGACGGACCACAGAGCGCUUACGAUGAGCCAUGGGUUAAAUAUGCCAUACCAUUAAAGGGCCGUGAUCUAGAUCAGUGUCAACGAUACGCGCACAUAGUAAUUACAAACUGGACCAUUACAAGUGAAGAUGAACAACAUUGUACGGCAGAUUUAUUUGAUGACAAGAAGACGCAGAACUGUCCUGACAAUAAUUUCAUAUUUCGCGAUGAAGAAGUGACCAUAUCGAAUGAAUUCGGCAUCUACUGUAAUGAUGAGUGGAAGCUGACGCUCACCGGUACCAUUAAUAAUGUAGGACAAUUUGUCGGUAUACCAUUAGGUGGUUUGAUAUCGGAUAAAUACGGUCGUCGUAAUGCACUCGCGUUUGGUGGCGUACUAAGCGCCUUAUUUGGGAUUAUGCGCUCGUUUACUACCUCCUAUGUGCCAUUUCUGGUCUUCGAGUUCCUCGACAACGUCGCCAAUAGCUCACUCUAUUCCAUUUGCUUUAUUAUUGGCAUUGAGCUGGUGGGUCCCAGCAAGCGCGUAUUUGCCUGCAGUGUAAUUACGAUCUUCUACGCUAUCGGCGAAAUACUCUUAGCCGUGGUCUCUAUGUACUUUCCGAAUUGGCGUAUUAUGCUACGUAUAUUUUACAUACCGGCAUUGGCUAUGAUCUCCUAUUACUGGGUACUGCCGGAGAGCGUGCGUUGGCUGCUAAGUCAGGAACGUGAAACCGAAGCUACCGACAUACUGAAGCGUGUGGCGCAAAAAAAUAAACGUAGACUUUCCGAUCCAACGUUAGAGAAAUUGAUUUUGGCUAAUCGUGAGAAGCUAAACAGUCAAAGCGGUGGUCGUUUCCCUUUGCGUGAGGCUUUCGGCAAAUUAUUCUUUCGUAUUGCAAGCUGUUCGCUUUCUUGGGUAGUGACGGUGCUGGUCUACUAUGGUCUCAGUUUGAACGCGGUGCUAUUGGGCGGUAAUAAAUAUUACAAUUUCAUAUUGAUUGCGCUUGUGGAAAUUCCCGGUUUUUUCAUACCCUGUCUGACGAUGGAUCGAUAUGGUCGACGAUAUUCGCUAUGCGGUUUUAUGUUACUCAGUGGUAUAUGCUGUCUGUGUACGGUGUUUGUGGAUUCAGAAAAAUAUUAUCUACAGUUGAGCUUGUUUCUAGUGGGUAAGCUUGCAAUCACCGCAGCGUUCCAAGUUUUAUACUUUUUCACUUCGGAAAUAUUUCCAACGAACUUGCGCAACAGUUUGAUGUCUUUUUGCUCGAUGGUCGGCCGUUUCGGUUCAAUGGUAGCGCCACAGACGCCUUUGUUGAUAUCAUUUCUUGUCUCUUUUCAGGCUAAAUAUUAUGAGAAUGCACCAGCCAUAAUAUUUGCAGUUUGCGCUCUGGUCAGUGGUUGUUUGGCGCUGCUCUUUCCAGAAACCUCAAAUACAAUAUUACCGACGACAGUGCACGAGGCGGAUAAAAUUGGCAAUAGGAAAUCGUCGGACAACCCAAACAGCAGCAAAUUUAAUUUAGAUAAUGAAAGUACUUAUAUGUAAUUAGUUAUUUAAAAAGUGUAUUAAAUUAGUAGUUUUAGAAUAAAAAUGAAAUUGUAUGAUAUAGGAAAUAAAAUAAAAUUUUUAACUAAUAUUGUUGACAAUAGACUCGUUAAAAUAAAAAAGACAUAGACAUAAAUAGACAUUUAAGACGAUGCCUUAAUUGAGUCAAUAAGGAAAUUAACUAAAUUAAUAGGAAUAAUGAAAUUUAGUUAAUUGACUCAAGUAAAGUGACUAACACGCGAAAAACAGUCAAGUCAAACAUGUGAUUUUUGAAAGAUAAAUCUGGUAACAGGAUGCAACAUUUUUUUUAAGUUUUAUUAUAAAAAACAUUAAAAAUUACUUACAAAGUUAUUUAGCAGAUAUUUACAACAUCAAACACCCAACAUAAUAUAUAUAUUUGCACUAAUGACUAUGACAUAUUUUAAGCAAUAACUUGUAAGAAAUCUAUGGUUAUUAACAUAUAUACAUAGUACAUACAUAUUUCACUUUAAAUUUAUCAUGACUUAUAGUAUAACGAAAUUUAUAAAGCCGUUAACUUACUAAGGCAGCAUUAGACAGAAGACAAUACAACUACUUCACUUUAUGAAUUAAGCAUUAAUCUGUUAAUAUACUUACUAGACUACACAAUAAACAAUAUUUUUUAACUAAAAUUAGACCGAGAAAUUUGCUCACAAAGGUCCCCCAUUUUAUAGGUCACACAAAGCUUGCGCUGCUUAUCCAAGUGCUUAAAGAGUAACAUAUUUUAAUUUAUGUCAAAAUUGAAAUUUGUAUCAAUUCAAUUAUACAUACUUGCUGACCCAAUUCGAAAACCAGACAUGUGCCUCGAAAAACAUUAUCUUUGGUACUGAGCUUAUGCUGCACCAAAUACACGCGUUCUGCGGUCAAGGAAGUUAUUUUAAGCAAUGCCGGCUGCAUUGAGUAGUGUUAACUGUAAGUGUAAUUUUUAGCAUGUGAAUUUUUUACCGCUUGAAAACGCAGUGAAAGUCUUUAAAUUGAAAAGUGCAUAUUUUCUAAACACUGCAUUGUGCAGACCGGCAUUUGUCGAUAACCUCUAGGUUAUUUAGCUUAAUACUAAAUUAUAUAUAAUGUAUUGUACGUGUUUCCGUCCAUCAUAGGCAAAGUUCAGGUGAUGUUGUGCCAGUUUUUUUUAACAAAAAUUUAAAUUAAAAACAAAAUAACUUUUAGUGAUAAGAUUUGUAUGUGACUCGGUAGUCGUCAACAAUGCAGAUUAAAUUUGAGAAGUAAAUAUUCAAACAGUUUUUUCUUUUGAAACAAAUAAGGUAUUCGUCGGCGCCCACGCUAAUUUAUAAUGCUGCCCUUUGCGAAACAAGAAUUUCACCAUUCUACAUAAAAUAUUCACGGAUCUAUUAAAUUUACCUCGCCAUAAGUGAGUUUACUCAAUUACGAUGUGAUCAAUUUAUAAAGCCUUUUCUGUUCAAUGUUGUUGAAAUGUUGAACCAUAGAAGGAAAA